AAUCAUGAAACUUUCUAUGUACUGGGUAUAUAUCUUUAGCAAUACAAUUAUCAUAAAAGCGCAUGUUCAUUGCCAUAGAUUGCAGUGUGCAUAGAAGCGAAUAUAAAUGCGCAGAACAGAUGAAAACUCGUAGCUUAGUUAGUACAUCUCUCGUGGAACAGAGUAUACUAUAUCGAUCGUGUUGAAUAUAGUAAAACAUUUAGACUAUAGGUGUUUUAACAGUAUAUCGGUUGAAUUCAAUACAUAUUUUUCUAAAUAUAUGAAUAAAGAGAUAGCAUAAAUCAUCAAGUGAUAGAAAAAUAAAGUGUGUCUGCAGUCACGUCUGGACAGAGGUCGUGACUGAAUCCAAGUAGAAUCCCGUUCGGUACUGGAAGGAUUGAAGUUGGGAGAGAUCGUAGGGAAGGUAGUUGACAAACCGUCUACACAGUGCUGUCGUGGGUGAAUGCAUGGUUGAUUUUAAGAAAAUUCGUCGGCAGCCGAAUCUUGUAGUGUUGUAUAGUACGAAGAUAAAUCAACGACACGUACAGUUGUGUGGCCGUAAAUUGAAUUUCAUCGACAGGUCAUCCACGAGCGCACGAUGAGCUUCCUAUUUGGAAGCAGGUCUUCGAAAACCUUCAAACCAAAGAAGAAUAUUCCUGAGGGAACUCAUCAAUAUGACUUGAUGAAACAUGCAGCUGCCACCCUUGGUUCUGGGAACCUAAGACUAGCAGUCAUGCUUCCAGAGGGUGAAGAUUUGAACGAAUGGGUUGCAGUAAAUACUGUUGAUUUUUUCAAUCAAAUCAACAUGUUAUAUGGUACUAUUACGGAGUUCUGCACUGAAGAAAGUUGUCCCAUCAUGUCUGCAGGGCCAAAAUAUGAAUACCAUUGGGCUGAUGGGCAUACUGUUAAGAAACCAAUUAAGUGUUCUGCACCAAAGUACAUUGAUUAUUUAAUGACCUGGGUGCAGGAUCAAUUAGAUGAUGAAACACUAUUUCCUUCAAAAAUUGGAGUCCCUUUCCCGAAAAACUUCUUGUCCAUUGCCAAGACAAUACUAAAACGGUUGUUUAGAGUAUACGCACAUAUCUACCACCAACAUUUCAGUGAAGUUGUACAACUUGGAGAAGAGGCACAUUUAAAUACAUCAUUUAAACAUUUCAUAUUUUUUGUACAGGAAUUUAACUUGAUAGAGAGAAGAGAAUUAGCGCCGUUGCAAGAACUAAUAGAGAAAUUAACUGCGAAAGAUGCCCGAUGAACGAUCACGAUCAUCGGUUUAAAACUCCUCCAAAGAAUCUCACCCGUGCUAUAUUUUUAACGAACGUGUAACCGCGCAUGUUAUUUAUCUAACCCAAUCAUUGCUAACGUGAUUAUUAUGCCUCGGACCAGGAUUUACUGGUUAUAAUACAACAUAUUUUAUUCAUUAAUAAGAAAAGAAGUGACUGAUACGUUUUAUAACAAAUUGCGGACAUUCGAUUGAAAAUAAUGCUCGGAAAGGAAAGAUUUUUGACCAUUUGCGAAGCAAGAAUUGAUAGAUGGUUAGGAGUUAGGGGGGUGAAGAUUAUUAAUGUAGACUUUUGUAAAAUAGUUAUACAUCCAGUACACAUCAUAGUACUCGCUUUGUUUCAUAAUUUGAACAGAAAGUGUUGUUUUUUUAAUUAAUCAAAGUAUUUCAUCAUAAAUUAUAAUUUAUUAUACGCAGUCAAUUUUUAUAUUUAAAAGUUAAUGUUCCAAACGCGCUCUAGUUGAAAAAUGCAAAUCACAGCGUGGAUCACACACAAAAAGACUAAUUCAUAUCGGCUAUGGAACAGAUGUAGCUUUAUAAAAAUGUUUAAACAACGAUGAUACUCGGUCUCACAUUUCUAUCCUCAUCGUUUGUUAAUACUAUUUUGAGCUGUUACGUGAUAUAAUUUUAUUGUAAAACAUUAAAAAGUACCAUUACUUUAUAGGUAGAAACGAGGUACGCGUAAAUGUUCGAGAAAUAAAAUGCUACCGUUAGCCGUUUUCACUCGACACAAUUUUGAAACGUUGCGUUUUUAUUAUCGAAUAAAUUUUACGAUCAGGAAAUAACGUUUAUAUCAUUGCUAACUGCACAUUGUUGGUACAUAAAGUUAUUAAGUUAAUACUACAUUAUUUCGUACUAUGUAAUUAGUUUGGACGAUUAUUAUCGUGUUAAGCGCUUGAUAGAAAUUAUUUAUAGAGAUAGGGAUUUUAUUCACACCCUUGUACGAGUGAGUUUUGAGUCUAUUCUACUUUAGAAGUGCGUAUUAUAUUUGAGCCGUUUGCGUUGUAUUACUGGGAAAAUUGUUCAUGUAUUUUAGUAACUCUUUCAUUUCGUCAAAGUUGUACGUUCUUUUAGCAGCACAAGAUUUUUCUAAUGCUUUUGUUUUAAGAUACAACUGUUACUUGAUCAAGCAGUUUUUUAUGGUUUAUAACAGUGAUGGGCAACAGCGCAUGCGAGGGCGCGGUUGCAGGGCCGUGCAAGUGCAGGCAUCGAUAGGAAGUCAAUUUCUUAAUUUAAAAACUUGUAAAUUUUUAAUUUCUGUAUUUUCAGAUUAAAAAUUUUUUAAAUUUAAUACCUUUCAAAUUACUGAAUUAUUCAGUUAUCAAAUUUCUAAAUUUUGUUUACAUUUCAUCACUGCACGCACUAUGCAUAUCUGUGACUACAAACUCAGCAGACAUUUGACCAUCACUGGUUUCGAAUCGAUUCGAUGGAUACAGGGUAUCCCAGGAGAAACGCAAAAGGCAAAUUUUUUGCAUAUAAAUAUACAUAACAAUAUACACAAACGUGACACAUGAUAACAUACGAGAGUGUGCACGUUUUCGUGAUUGAUUUCGCUAAUAAGAGUAAUUUGAUAAAAAUAUCAGAUAGGAUACAUAUUCGUUUAUAGCGCGUUCAGCUACGUACGAUAGUUUCCUCGCUUUUAGGAGACCAGAUGUUAAUAUAUAUGAUAUUAUAUUACGAUGUUUACUGUUUCCAUAUACGGCGAACCGCACUGUUGCAUUCAAGUAUUAAACGGAUGCAUUUGUAUUCGCUUUGUAACUAGAAAUACUCUUCACACGUUUUCUGUUUACACUCUGCCCUUCGCUGUGAUCUGCUGAUCAGAGUUUGCAUUUGUUGUGUAAAGAGCUAUAUCUUUAUGUGGGGAGGAAUAAAUUAUAAGCAAGCUUUUGCACCGCUAUUAAUGUAAAUAGUCAUUUGAAAGAAGACAAUGAUAGAAGGAUGAGAGGUCAUUGCGCAUCAUCAUAGAAAAUAAGUUUGCUUUUAACGGACAGCGUGUCUCAAGAUAAGUGUCGCAUAACGCAAUGACUGAAUCCUAACAGAUACAAAGAAAUGUAGUAAUACCUUUUUAAUAUUGUUUAUCUGACAUUUAGAAUUGAUUAUUGUUAAUUGUAUAUAAAAUGCAAUCGUAUUUAUUAACAUAUAUUUCUCAUAUGUAAAGUCUUUAUAAGCUGAAUAACAGAACCAUUGAAACGGCAUCUUUCUAUUAUGAAUUAGAUUUGUUUGCAGCAUACUUUUUGAGAUUCGAAAUAGAAGCAGCAUUUCGCACUCGUGUCAUUUUAAAUACAAGCUCUAAAUUUAAACUUUUGCUGUUCCUAGAAUUUCAAAGCGUUAAGUGUUGCAAAAUAAAAAACUUAAAGAAUCUUCUACGGAAGCAUUUCUUUGUAUCUUUUAUGCAUUUAACAAAUUAUCUGUAAACGCGAAACUUAUCUGUAAACCGGCUAGAUAUCCAGUGAGCUGAAAGUUGCGAAUUUAAAGAAAUACAAUGGCUCAGCCUUAUGUUUAUAAAAAAUUUGUAACUUCAUGUAAGAACCCGUAAUCGCGGUAGAUCUAAAACACGUUAUUUUUUUAAAACGAAACUUUCACGCACCGGAAACCGGAAGCUUCUGUUUGUGUCUUUCAGCAUUGUAAUACCAAGAGACGAGGCCCAUUGUAACGUUCAUGUGAUACAAUUUUUUCAUGUAAAUCGCGAGGAUCAAUGAGAAAUUUCACGAGGUCCAGGAUUGAAUAAUAUAGAUGUAUUUUAUUAUAAACAACGUAUAGAAGAACGAACGAAUAGCUUUUUCCAUAACGAUAUUUAACCGAUUGCAGAGCAGGGAGAAAAGUUAGAAAAAAAAAAACAGAAAGAUGGACGGUCAUUAGGAUGCCUUUUGCGGUGUUUACAGUCGCGUUGAAUGUAAAACGUAUAUAAUUAACAAUAAUAAUGGCUCGUAUCGACGAUAAUAUUGUAUUCAGUACUUAAUAAGAGGACCGGAGAGUUGCGUACCUUAUAAUAACUUUUUCUUUUUUUCUUCUUACGAGAGAGAGAUCAUUGAAUAGCAUUGUCAAUUAGAAAUUAUUUUACACGCGUGUAAUGCUGUUAUAAAUUACUUUUAUUACUAUUAUUACGAUUAGUAUUAUUAAUAUUAUUCUCGCUAACGCCUUUAUUGCUAUUUAUAGAUAUACAGUAGACUCUUGUUAUAUUGCCACCCAACUAGAAGUGUGAAAUUCUUGGUGUUAGCAAUAUAUUGCAGUUUUACUAUAUGGUUCUGCACAGAGAUGAAAGUGUGGAGAAUGUACAUUUGGCUAAUAUAAGUGGAACUUUUAAAAACUGAAAUUUCUCAAUUUAAAAGUUGAGAAAUUAAUAAAUUUGAAUACUGAGACUAUUAUACCUGAAAGUCGGAAGGUGGCAAUAUAACGAGAGUCUACUGUACUAUUUUUUUACACGAUGUACCGUGUCACAGCGCUAAACAAAUUAUUGUUAACAUACAUUUCAAUCAUUUUAAUAAUUCUUGACUAAAAAAACAUAAAUCUGAUAUUUGUUACGUUUUUGGACAAAUCGCAUGAAAAAUUUGUUUCUGUUUUUUUUUCGUGUAUUGUCAAUUUGGAGAGAGCAAUAGUCAUUUUCGCAUCUCAAGUGACCUACUCCAGGAUUUGCUUUCAAUAUUAUUAAUCGUAUACAAUGGAUAAAGUAGACGAAUGAUGAGAAGACGCAUGGGAGAUCAAGUGCUCGAGAAAGAGCUAGAGGGCAGCUGCUUCUACGGAGAAACACAGAAAUUAAAAAUUUAGAAACUUAACGACAUGCGCAGAACGAACGAAACGAUUAUUCAAAUCCUAUUCUCCCGCCAAAUCGACAUUAUUUAUAUUUAGAUCGAGUUUUUGUAAAUCUAAUAUUUUUAAAUUAUACGCUGUUGCGAUUUUAGGGAUCGUUUUAUUUUAUUUACUGAAGGCUCUUUUUAUAGUGAGAUAAAGGAACUUUCAUUAGGAUUACACGAGCGUCUUUUUUAUUUUGAAACAUGGAAUUAACAAGUUUUUAAAAUUUAAUAAAUUAUGACGAAUUCUAUUUAGUUGAAUUAUUAAAAUAUAUGUAGUAAUAAUUCGAAACAGGAGAUUAUUGCGUUUGAUGAAUGUUAUUAACUGCGAAAAGAAAAGAAACGGCGGGCGUAUUUUUUUAUAAAUCGCGCCUACGUUUGCGCAUGCGUAUACGCGCUCCAAUCACUCGCGCUGAAAUUUGAAUCAUAAUAAGAUUAUCAAACAUAAAUUUACAUUGCAUUUCAAUACACUUAUAAACACGGCAUUUAUAACUGAUUAAUACGUACAAGUCACUUUUAACUACAUAAUUUAAAAGCAGUGUAGCUAAAAAAGUUACAUUAUUUGAACUUGAUUAUUUAAUUUGUACAUUUAUUUAUAAAAUCAAUAGUAAUUUACGUUAUCAUAACAAUCACUUGCUAUUGUUUGUUUGUGAUAGUAAGCAUGCUAAAAUUAUGUAUUAUUAAGACGUCGAUAGAGGUUCAAAAAAAGAAUUGAUAGAUGUUUUUUUUUAUAAAAAAAUGGAAGACAGAUAAACGCUCGUGUAAUUAUUCAACAAUACUUUGCAUAAUUUAUACAGAAAAAGCUGAUUUGCGUAUAUGAUGAGUUUGAGUCUUGUCUUUUUAUUCUUCCAGAAAAAGUAAAGAACUUUAACAUGAAGAGCUUUCAGAACAUCGAUUGUCCAUUUGUUUUAACGACGCUAGUGAUAUAUCUGUGCAAUGUAAAUAAUAUUUUUCUCAAAUAAACGAAAGCUCACGCAUAACCAGG